AUGGUUGCUACAGAUGAGGAAAUCAAGGAAAUGAUCUUAGAGCAUCCCAUGAAAUAUCUAGGUCCAUUCUUUUUCGGGGCGGUUUUAGAUACACUGUUAUAUGGGGUCAUUAUAAGUAAGAUUAUAUACUGGGGUGAUUGGUCUGCCAAGUCAGAUAGCAGAAAGAAUAGAAUCGUUGUUUUCCUGAUUUUUUGUUUGUCAACUGGCGCUACAGUAUAUAUCAUUUACUGGAUGAGUACAUUGUUCGUACAAGGGUUCGGUAAGAGCUAUCAAUCGUUCCUUUCUUUCCAUUAUUUGGCUUGGUAUUCCGUAUGGGAAGUUGGAGCUUGUACCGUAUCACAUCUUUAUUAUACGGAAAGAGCAUAUAGACUGAAUGAUAAUAGGAAAUGGAUUCCUUUAGUGAUACUUCCUCUACUUCUGAUAUCGAUCGCAGGAGCGAUUGGUGUAAGAGUCGCUUCUUUCAAGUAUAGCAGUCUUCUUCUUGCCGGAAAAUUCUCUAGCUUUGCUUAUACUUGGUUAAUCACGGGAGCUCUGAUAGAUAUAAUAUUGUUAAUUGCCAUGACUAAAGGAUUGGCGAAAUCUAAAACUGGAUGGUCAACUACUGAUCAUUUACUGAAAAAACUGAUAAAGUUAUCCGUAGAAACUCAACUUCCCGGUACUUUGCUAGCGAUCGGUUUCAUGCUUCAAUACGGUAUAAGACCUACAUCAACAUUUUGUGUUAUAUGGGCUGUUGUCUUACCUAAAACAUAUAUGAUCUGUUUGAUGACUGUCAUCAACAGUAGAGUGACUCUGAGAAGAACCUUAGAGACAUUAAGAGAAUCGGAAGAGAAUGAUAAUGUUUAUCGACCUAGGAGAAAUGGAUGCCACGAAAGAGACGAUGAUAUACCAGUAGGACCCAUAAGUUAUCCGACUGUUUUCAUAGAAUCUUCAGUCGCAGAGCUCGAAUUGGAUGACAGGAUGCAAGAAGUCAAGUAA